GACCAUCAAUCUCCGCAAGUUCGUCACAGAGACAACUCAAUUGCUCCCGCCUCUGAGGAUUUCACAGUGAUAUUGUGCGGAACCAAAGAUCAUGGCGCCGAGAGUCAUUCUGGUGUGUCUUCUAUCCCUGGCCGUGUUGGGAUUUACCUCAGCUUCUCCUGCUAUUCAAGCAUCCUCAUGGCGGACGGAUAACUCGGUGGAGGAGAUGAGAUCAUCCUGCGAUGAAGACAGUGACGCAAUCUCCUGCCUCAAGUUCAAAGUUAUGAACUUUUUGGAUUCGAUCUUCAAGAAGGAUCGCUUCGAAAUCAUGGGUGAUGUUGAAGUGCAACGAAAUAGUGUAGGAGAUGACUUUACCGGACGAUCCAGUGACUCCAUUAUGGAUAAGAUGGAGCAAUUUGUUCGUCAGCACGAUGUCACAUUCAAGGUGCCAGGAUCUGAUGCAAAAGUAACCCUCUCAGGUCGUGAUCUCGAUUCCAGCAACAUCUCCCUCAAACUGAAGCUUCAGGAUUCAAACCAAAGCGUUGGGGAAUCACGCAAAUCGAAAAUUAGGAAAAUCAUUGUUCCCAUCGUAGUGUUCAUUCUCCUCAAGGCAAUCACCCUCAUCCCAAUGGCUCUCGGAAUCUUGGGUAUCAAGGCAUGGAAUGCCCUCCAACUGUCCUUCUUCUCCUUCGUCAUCUCCACCGCAUUGGCAAUUUUCCAACUAUGCAAAAAGAUCACAACGGACGGAUUCAUUCAUCCCCAAAUUGCUGCCCAUGGUCCCUGGGAUCACAGACGAUCUUUCGAAGAAGCCCAAGCUGCAGAAGACUCCCAGAAUCUCGCCUACAGCGCCUAUCUGUAGUCUGUCGAGCUAAUUGAGCCAAAGAGAAAUUUUUAAAUAAUUUAUUAUUUAUGGAACAACGUGUACAUUGUCAAGAAAUGAAAAUUAAAAAACUGAAAAAUA